CUCCAAUGGAAAAAAUUUCAAUUCGUGCGUCACCAUCAUGCUACUGCUGAUUGGCAAAUGUUACGGAUAUGAAUAAGGAAGUUGAAGCUCGCGGGGGACAUGCAAACAGAACUACAGAUUCGUGCUCUGGCCUGUUGUUUCGCACUUUUCAGUGACACCCUCUCGUCGCAGCGUCGCGAAGCCUUGCAGCUUCCAGGACUUAUUUUUUUUUUUUAAUUCGUAUCCCUUUUUAAUCAAUGGUCGAUGGCUUUUUAUGAAGAAAUUCCUUAUUCGAAAAUUGGAGUUGGAAUCGCUAUAUUCCUUGGUGGGGGAGUAACAACUUAUGCAGUCUUAAGAUAUACUGGUUCUGCUGAACAAAGAAAAGAUGAGGAAGCCAUUGCAACACUAUCAACGAAAAUUGACGAAUUAAAAAUAGAAAUAGAGGAAUUAAAGAAACUUAUUCCAUGUGAACUCGGAAAUAUCAAUUCUGAAAUACAACUCUUGCAAACCGCAUUCAAUGACAGGAGGACAAAAUCACAGUCGAAUUUUUCUGUAUAUAGUUACAAAACUGCAUGGAGUGAUGAUGACAAUGAAAAUAUAGAUUCCAGGAAACAAGAUGUACCAUCCCCUAUUGAAGGUGGAGAUUCUUUGUUGCAAAACAAUAACGCAGUUUCCAAUGAGGAAAAGAAACGUUCAUUGUAUGCAAAAAUUGAUUCGCUUUACACAGGGAGUGAUGAAGAUAAAGAAACUGCAAUGAGAGUUCUUCAAGAUAACGAAAUUAAUUAUAAAGAUGAUUGGGAAUUCCUUUGGAGGUUGGGAAGGUCUCAUGUUUCUGUUCAUGAAAUGAGAUAUCUUGUAGAAGAGAAAAGAGUUCAUGCAUUGGCCGGACAUGAAUAUACUGAACGAGCUUUAGAUAUUUAUGAAGCCUCAUCAGAUGUGCAUAAAUGGUAUGCUAUUGCUUUGGGUACAAUGAUGGACUAUGUUUCAACUAAAGACAAGAUUUUGAAUGGUUAUAAAUUGAAGCAACAUAUAUCAAGAGCUUUAGAAUUAAGUCCUGCAGAAGCAACCUUGCACUUCAUGCUUGGUAGAUGGUGCUGGGGCAUUUAUAUGUUGACUUGGAUAGAGCGUAAACUUGCAUCUACAUUAUUUGCGACACCGCCUACCUCAUCUGUUCAAGAAGCUUUAGAAUGUUUCCUCAAAGCAGAAGAACUUGAUCACGGGUUUUAUAAAUCAAACCAACUUUAUAUUGGCAAGUGCUAUUAUGAAAUGAGCAAGUACAAAGAGGCAAAGAAUUGGUUAGAAAAAGCAAAAGAGUUGAAAAUUGUAAACAUCGAGGAUCAAAAAGCUCACGAUGAAGUUGUUCAACUUUUGACAAAACUAUAACUUGAUUGCAGCGUUUUUGCAGGGUUAUACAAACAAUAGUACAUUUUUAGUUUUCAUUUGAAUUCUGCCUCGCAAGAAUUUCAUUUUUGUGCCAUUGUGAACAAUUUUAUUGACAUUGAAACCCCUUGUAUCCUGAAUCAUAUUUUUGCUAGAUCUGCUAGAUGAAAUGAUGGUUUUUAACAAGGGUUCAGCGGCACCCUAUUGUUCCGCCAGUUCAGGGACUCCGCAAGUUUACAUUCAAAUUUGUGAAGGGUAUAUUGUUUCAAUACAUUUCUAUUCACUUACAUUUCUAUUUAUAAACUUUCCACACUUUCAGAUCAAAUUGUUUUGCCAGUAUAUGGAUGGACUUUAUAUAUAUUUAUAGCUUGAACAAUUAAGACAAUUAAAAUAUUGUACAGGGGUUCCGAAUCUCUGGAAUGUUUCAUUGGCGUUUCGUUCCACUGAAAAUGUUGAAAACCACUGGCGUAGAUGUUUAUACAACUUUUCUAUUAGUAAUCGAAUGUCUCUGUGACCAAGUGACUGCAACAAAUGAAUAAUAAGUUAUAAUCUAGUACAGCUUUGACCUCCAUUGAUUUGUUUUAUUAUUUAUUUUUAAUAUUUGUGGUGUAAGCAAUGUCACACAUUUUCAGCACAAUGUCUCAACUGCCAGUAACUUUUGCUUCAUGAUUUUAAAUUUUAUUCUAUGGUCUUUCAAACUAAGUAAAUUUCAAAGAUUUUAUUUAAAAAUGUAAGCAUAUUGCUUUUAAGAGUUGAGAAACCUAAUUUUAUAAAUAAUAAUUCACUUGGUUGAAAGUUAACCACAUAUUUAAUAUUGUGUAUAAUAUACCGUUAUGUUUAGGAGCCAGUGUCGGCAGUUAGAAAAUUCAUUUUUUGUUCAAAUUUUCAUGUCGAUUGCCUACUGCAGGUUUAUCAAAACUGUAGCAAUUUAUGCUAGUCUGAUAAGGUCAAUAACAUCGUAUAUUUUUACUUAUUGCCACAUGAAUUUAAUUGCUGUUAAAAAAAUGAUAGAUAUAAAAUAGCAUUUAAUUCAUUUUCCAUCAACUCAUAAUCAGUUGUAAUUCAAAUGGAACAAGCUUCACUAAUGCUUAUUCUUUAAUAGAAAAUCUUCAACCAUACGAUACAUAAUUAUGGGUAUAGCUGCCUCAUAUCUCAACGUAAAUGUAACAGUUUGGAGUAACAAUCCUAAUCGCCAUUUCCAACCUGACCCACUGUUAAAUCUCAGUUUUCCAUUUCUAUAUUCUCCUAAUUUAUUGUUUCGUUGGUGUUUAAUCUUAUUUUUGUGUAUCUAUGCAUAUUUGUGAUAGUUGUGUGGAAGAAUGUAGCGAUUGGUUUUAUACAUUUAUAAGGGUGAUUUUUAUAAUCGAUUUGUGUGUUAGUGUUUUAAUUAUCCAUGAUUAUUUAAAUUUUGAGUUAAUUUGUUUUAACUUUUAUAUGCUGUGAUGUAGUUAGUGAAACUGAUGUUUCCAAGAAGGUAUUUGGUUUGUUAGCAAGCAGAAAUUUUAAUGAUACCCAUAAAACUUUAUGUCUGAUUGACCAUGCAAAGAAAUUUUGCUUCAUAUUUCCCUCCAAUAUAAUCAAAUUUAUUUCUGGAAAAUUCCGAUUGCAUACCAUAACAGAACACUGCCCUAUCAUCUCUAAAAUGAAGUAGCAGAUCAACAUUCGAACAAAUUGAUUUUGAUGUGGUUUUGAAUUUGUCAGUAAUGGCAAUGAGUUUUAUGGAUGCACGUUCUAGUACUGAAUGCAAUUGCGCCUUAUUUAUGAGUUUGUGUUUAUUAUAUUAUUGUAUCAAAAUCUUUGUAUCUCAUUUCCUUACAUGAAAAUUAAGUUUGUUUUAAUAA